GCUCCGCCUCCCUCGGCUCUGCUCCGCCUGUUACCAGGCAGACUGACUCUUUUCCAACAUGGCAGCGCCGAGCAACGCAGAGCAAACGCAGUUGCAGGACAUGGAGGAGGAAGAAGCUGCAGGGAUGGAGCGGAGAGAGAUGGAGUCGGACGAAGAGGAGGACGACGAGGAGCAGGAGGAGGAGGAGGAAGAAGGUAUGGGAGAAGACGAUUCAGACGACGAAGAGGACGACUCCUCCGAGGACGAGAAGGAGAACGAAGCCGAGAUCCAGCGUCUUGAGGAGCAGCUGUCAAUCAACGCUUUCGACUACAACUGCCAUGUGGAUCUCAUCAAACUGCUGAGGCAGGAGGGAGAACUGAUCCGACUGCGAAAGGCAAGGCAGAAGAUGAGUGAACUCUUCCCUCUCACGGAAGAGAUCUGGCUGGAUUGGCUCAAGGAUGAGAUCCGUCUGACUGAGACUGAGGAGGAGUCGAACCGGGAAACGGUGUAUGAACUUUUCGAGAGAGCAAUAAAAGACUAUAUCUGUCCAGAUAUCUGGCUUGAAUAUGCUCAGUAUUCAAUUGGUGGCAUGGGCUCACCUGGGGGGAUAGACAAGGUGAGAUCCAUCUUUGAGAGAGCGGUGACGGCUGUGGGGCUUCACAUGAACAAGGGACAGACGGUGUGGGAGGCGUACAGAGAGUUUGAGAACGCCAUUCUGUCCACAGUCCAGCCUCCCCCUGGCAGGACUCCCAGCCACGAGGAGCAGGAGCUGCUCAACACUCAGCUCGAGCGAAUCCAUACACUGUUUCGCCGUCAGCUAGCCGUCCCCUUAAUGGACAUGGAAGCCACCUAUGCAGAGUAUGGCGAGUGGUCUGAACACGGGGUUCCUGAGACGGCCAUGCAUCAGUACAAAAAGGCUACGCAGCAGAUGGAUAAGCGCAGAUCUUUGGAAGAGUCACUGCUGGUAGCAGAGCCCCCGAAGAUGACAGAGUAUCAGACCUACAUCGACUUUGAACUAAAGGAUGGCGACCCAGCUCGCGUCCAGAUAACGUUUGAGCGGACUCUGGCAGAGAACUGCCUGGUACCAGACAUCUGGGCAAAGUACACCUUGUAUCUUGAUCGUCAGCUGAAGAUCAAGGACUUGGUUCUUCCUAUUCAUGAACGUGCUGUCAGGAACUGCCCCUGGACCAUGGGUCUGUGGAAGAGCUACCUGCUCGCUCUGGAGAGGCAUGGAGCAGAGCAUCAGAUUGUCUCAGAUGUUUUUGAGAAGGCGCUGAAUGCCGGUUUCAUUCAAGCUACAGAUUAUGUGGAAAUUUGGCAGGCGUACCUGGACUACCUGCGGAGGCGUGUGGAUUUCAGUAAAGAAUCAAGUAAAGAGUUAGAGGAGUUACGAGGAGCCUUCUCUCGAUCUCUAGACUACAUAAAACAAGAUGUGGAAGAAAGAUUUGGUGAAAGCGGAGAUCCGUCUUGUAUCGUUAUGCAGAUCUGGGCGAGGAUAGAGGCCCUCCACUGCAAGAACAUGCAAAAAGCCAGAGAACUGUGGGACAGCAUCAUGACAAAAGGAAACGCUAAAUAUGCCAAUAUGUGGCUGGAGUACUAUAACCUUGAAAGGUCUUAUGGUGACCCUGCUCACUGUCGGAAAGCUCUUCACAGAGCAGUUCAAUGCACCACUGACUACCCAGAGCAUGUGUGUGAAGUCCUGCUGACCUUCGAGCGAGUGGAGGGUUCUCUGGAGGGUUGGGACGUGGCAGUGCAGAAGACAGAGACCCGGCUGAACAGGAUCAAUGAGCAACGAGCAAAGGCGGCUGAGAAAGAAGCCAACUUUGCUCGCCAAGAGGACGACAAAGUGGAUCAGCGGCGGAAAUCAAAGUCCGAUAAGAAGUCUCAGAAGAAGGUCCAGAGCAGAACUCGAUUUGGAGAGAAGAGGAAAGCAGAUAACAAUAAUUAUCAGGACAAGUGGAAUGAAGACUCUGCUCCUAAAAGGCACAGAGGCAACGGAGAGCAAAGCAGAGAGGAGUACAUGGAGACCGAGACAGGACUCUUUGGGAGAAAUGCCCCCCCCGGGUAUAAGCCGGCUAAAAAAGGCCAGCAGGGAGGCAUGGCUGCUGCUCAGAAGCCAAACGAUGACAAGCCAGAGCUCCGAAACGAUAACAGCAGCGUGUUCAUCAGCAACAUGGCGUACACCCUGGAGGAGCCGGAGUCGAAGCUCAGGACGCUGUUUGAGACGUGCGGUCCCAUCAAAGAGGUUCGCCCUGUCUUCGGCACCAAAGGAAACUUCAAAGGUUACUGCUACGUACAGUUUGAGUCCCCGGUGUCAGUCCCUGAAGCCUUGAAGCUGGACAGACGGGAGGUGGAGGGCAGGCCCAUGUUUGUGUCACCUUGUGUGGAUAAAAACAAAAACCCUGACUUUAAGGUGUUUAAAUACAACACAACCAUGGAGAGACACAAAAUCUUCAUCUCCGGGCUGCCGUUCUCAUGCACCAAGGAGCAACUGGAGGAACUCUGCAAAGGCCACGGCACCAUCAAAGAGGUCCGAUUGGUCACGUAUCGCUCAGGAAAACCCAAGGGUCUGGCAUAUGUUGAGUUUGCAGAUGAAACCCAGGCGUCUCAGGCUGUUCUGAAAUUAGACGACACUGAAGUGGAGGGCAACAAAAUCUGUGUUGCUAUAAGUAACCCUCCUCGGAGAAGCAUGGCCGACAAACCUGGUUCCAGUCGACUUAUGGCAGACAUAAUGCCUCGCCAGGCUUUUGGAGCGAGAGGAAGAGGCCGCACCCAGCUGUCACUGCUCCCUCGCUCCCUGCACCGACAAAGUGGGCCAAGCAAAGUGGAGAACGGGGCCACAGCCGAGCCGGUGCCAGAACCUGGCAGCGCUUCAGCAAACGCAGCCGCGGAGACGAAACCUUUGUCGAAUUCAGACUUUGCCAGGAUGCUUCUCAAUAAUUCUGUUCCCAUAGCCGCUACUGCGAGACGGCCUGAAUCGCCACACUCUCACCCUCCAUCUUAAAUCCCGUGACAGAUCGUUUUUGAUGGGUGUGUUUGAAGAUGGCUGACAGGCAAUUUUAUAAAAACAAGUGUAUCAUAUUUGUGUGUAAAUAUAAUGUAAGUUGUAUGUUGCCAGGUGUCUUUCUUUUGUUGUAACGUGAAGGGGAUUUGACCGAAGCAGAGUAUUUUUUUAAAUAUUCAGAACAGACAAACUUGUGAAUGUUGUUUAAGAAAAAAAAAAAAAGAUAAAGAAAAAAAGGGUACAUGCAAAAGUGUAAUAUAGUUGGUGUGUGAGUGUAAAUAAGUUGAGUGUGCAACAGUGACGAUGAGUCGUAUUCUCCAGAUGUGUUUAUGGAACCUAGGACUUUAGUGGUGUAGCUUAUUUUGACCUCUGAAGACACAGAUAACAAGGUUAGCAGAGAUUUCUGACUAUAUAUUAAGACUAAAUCACAUUUUUCUCAUAUUACCAUCUGAGUUAUGAUGCAAUGGAGCCCUGCUAGAGGGUCCAGCAAAUUAUUAUGUUAGUUUGCUUUGUCUGAGGCCAGGUGAUUACACCAGGAGAACUGGCCUCAUGUCAUAUCGCUCUGCUCAUGCUUGAUAACAAGUUAAGAGUAUAUCUAGAUAUAAUUUAUCUGUUCUAAUACUUUCAUCUGUGAAAAUGUGGCCUGUGUUCAGGAUAAAAAACAUGUAUCACCACAUUACCUGUAUCCUUUAUCAGUCCGCUGUGAAAUGAAAGCGAUUCAGAGGGAAACAAACCAUCUUCUGUCCAGCUUUAUGAAAGAGUGUACACAUAAGCAGAGUGUUGUUGAUGCUGCAGGAAUCUGUUUAAUCCCAGACUGAUGUGGCUGUGCUUUCAUUUGUGUCCACUGGUUUUAAUCUUCAGCCUCACCCAGAAGUGAAGCAGCUGCAACCAUUAGUGGAAUCGACAGAAAAUUAUUUGGCAACGUCUCAAAUGUGAGAUUUCUUAGGUUUUCCUUUUCUUACAUUAUCGUGGAAUUAAUGUAUUCAGGACUGAGUGUUUCAGUUUUCCUAAAUUCUACAGAACAAACAGUUUGAGAUUAAUCUGCAACAGUUCAAUGACAUAAGAGAAAUCAUGAGUUAGUGGUAAGUACAUGUGGACAGUAGUAGUGCAGUUUAAUGAAUGUGGUUCGGACCUGGUAUUCUUCAUGUGUUCAGUAGAGUGGAUUUUCACCCUCUGAAUGAACUUGGUUGUUAAAUGAGCCACAGUUUUCUAGCAGCUGAGCAGCUUCACUUCCUAUCUCCUUGAGGCUGAAGAGAAUCUAUGCAGUUUUUAUCAUUUCUGUUUUCCCGUCUUAGGGUUCAACCAUUUGUCUUCUCCACGUUGCUUGUUUGGAUAAUACUAACAGUGUACUUUAUGGUCAGUAUGCUCAUCUCAAAAAGGUCACUGUAGUUUGUAAUAAAUAGAAAUCUACGUUUUAAAAACAGACGGAAUACAAGCUAUAUGUAUUGCUUUCACCAAAGUGGCCUGAUAUUAAAAAAUAAAAUAAAAAUCGAAAUAUGUUCAUCUCUAUAAGUCACUAUCUGCCUUCACGAAGGUGGUUUAUGUGCAUUGUUGUGUUGUAUAAUUUCUAUCGUCUGUUUUAAAUUUGGUAUAAAAGGUGAAAACAGUAAAUAGCUUUUUUUCUGCUUGUUUUGUUCUUUAGCCGUUUUUACUGUAUUAUUUCUUGGGUCCUGUAAAAAAAAAAAAAAAAGUCAUGUUUUUUCUCUGGUCUAAAACUUGUUUUAAUAAAGUCAUGUAAAUCAUCUUUUA